CGUCGCGAAAUAUUUUUACCUUGUUUCGCCGCCAUAGCUGGGGUCCCAAACCGCGCAGGAUGUCGUCUGCCCUCACGAGCAAUGGCCGCACGCUGGAGCCUAACGAGAACACGGCACUGCUCUCUUCAGACUCGCAACCGGAGCCACAUCCGCAUCCGCAUGCGCAUGGGCAUUCUGAUUCCAAGGACGACCGGCCCUGGGUGCGUUGGCCGUCAAUCACUUUUGAUCUCGCCUGCUCGACCCUCGGGCGUGACUAUGUCAACCUGCUGCUCGUCUUCGUGCCGCUGGGCAUCGUCGCAGGUGCUCUCGAGUGGAACUCCACCGCCAUCUUCGUCCUCAACUUCUUCGCCAUCAUCCCGUUGGCCUCGCUGCUCAGCUUUGCUACCGAGGAGCUCGCCGCUGUCAUGGGACAGGCCAUGGGUGGCCUGAUGAAUGCGACCUUUGGCAAUGCGGUGGAACUCAUUGUCAGCAUUAUUGCUCUCAAAGACAACCAGAUCCGCGUUGUGCAGGCGAGUAUGCUCGGUAGCAUUCUGUCCAACAUCCUGCUCGUCCUCGGCUGCUGCUUCUGCGUCGGCGGGCUGCGCUACUCGGAACAAUCGUUCAACAGCACGGUCGCGUCAACCAUGUCCUCGCUCAUGGCCGUCGCCUCGGCCUCGCUGAUCAUCCCCGCCACCCUGUAUGCCGCUCUCUCCGAUUCCUCUGCGAAAGAACCGGCCGGCAACAUCUUGUUUGUGUCGCAUGGAACCGCCAUCAUCCUGCUCAUCAUCUAUGUCAUGUACCUGUGGUUCCAGCUCAAGUCGCACUCCGAACUCUUCGAAGAGCAGGGAGACGUCCAGCCAGGCCGCCGCGAGGAGGAAGGCCAAGCCGGUCAAUCCGAAGCCCAACCAGAGGAAGAACACCUGCUCAACCCCUGGGCUGCGAGCGUCGUCUUGGUCGCGGUCACCGUGGUUGUCGCCAUCUGCGCGGACUACCUGGUCGGCAGCAUCGACAGCAUCGUAGCCUCGACGGGCAUGAGCAAGACCUUUAUCGGCCUGGUGCUGAUCCCCAUCGUGGGCAACGCCGCGGAGCAUGUCACGGCCGUAGUCGUGGCCUGGAAAGACAAGAUGGACCUGGCCAUCGGCGUGGCGGUCGGCAGCAGCCUGCAGAUCGCUCUCUUCGUCACCCCCUUCCUCGUCAUCCUCGGCUGGAUCAUCGACGUGCCCAUGACGCUGCACUUCCAGAUCUUCGAGACCGUCGCCUUCUUCAUCUCCGGCCUCGUCGUCACCCUGCUCAUUCAGGACGGCAAGUCCAACUAUCUCGAGGGUGUCAUGUGUUUGGGAAUGUACAUUAUUCUGGCGCUGGCCUUUUAUGUCUACCCGGAUGAUGUGGGUGACAACCUUGGUGCCCUUGGGUCUGCAUAGUUGACCUCUUUAUUCAACCCGGUGGUUAUUCUGUCUCUUGUCACUCGCUCACCC